UAAGUCCUCCACAAGACGCGGAAGGUGAUUAUGUGAAAGAUCCGGAAUACUUCGAUAAACUUGGAUUUAACCUAUAUUGGAGGUGAAGAAGAACCUACACCACCACUCCCAAAAUCUAGAAUUCCAGUAGAAAAAAGUUGGGACUCAUUUAUGAUUGAUGAAAUUGAUAUAGCAAAAUGUUUUAGUUCCCUUCGCAAAUCCCUACCAAAAACAAAUCACGAGGUCCACCCACAAUACUGGGGAAUCCUUGACUUAACGGGACAGCAUAAACCAACGAAGAAAAUGUUAUGGAAGAAAUGGAAUUAUCUGGUCGAUGAUUUCCGAGUUGAUGUUGGAUGGAAAAUGAUAGGGCUUGACCAGUCCGAACUAGACUUUUUUGAUAAUAUGGAGUCGUAUCUUGAAUAUCUUAAACUACCACUUAAUGAGGGAGAACUUAUGAUCCGCUUUGUGGCCCCUGCCUUCAAUAUGAGCUUGGACCCAAAUCAAGAAAAAUUUCGAAAACAUUGGUCUGAACAACAACUAAUAGCAAGCCAGGAAAGGCGCAGAGAAGGUCAAGAUCCUAAUAAUGAGCGUGCACGUGCUGGGCAAAAGACCGAUAUUAUAAUCGAUUUACCAACAGGACCAGCUUUAGAAGGUUUCAUUUGCGAAGUCUCGGGAGGACUUCCAGCAGGUUGUCCAAAAAAAAUUUGGACAGAUAAGCUAAAACUGAUGGUUGGAAUGCGAGACAUGAUAAACAGAAUAAUGAAGACCUUUCCUGGUUUACUAUCGACGGAUUAUAUGAAAGUUGUGGUAUUCGGGUGCCAAGUUAUCGGUAAAUUGUCUUAUUUAAAGAGUAAGCAAUAGAAAUUUCUGAUAAGACUGCUAACAAGAUGUGCGCUUUUUUAUGUCACAGGCUUGCAGAUGAAUCUAUAUGCAAUGGAUGUCCGGAAUCCAGGGAUUUAUCGUUUUGGAAUAGUUGACAAG